AUGCAGUUGGGGCGUUUGAAUAACUUAUUGCACCCUUCCAUUAUUGCAGCAGUACAACGUAACUGCCCUCAACUACCUUAUACAUACAUCUUUUCAUCUAUUCAACCACUCACCAGUUCCCCAAUCAGGAUGACAAGCGCUAGUUCUUCCACCAUCAGCAGCCUAUCAUUUGGACUUGGCAGUGAAAUUGCUGAGACCGAGCCGUCCCCCCUUGGACCGUCAUCACCUGAUGUUAUAGGUGCCACUGUUGUGCUCGCUACCUCUGCACGCCAGGGUCAAACGCCAACCCGAUGGACCAGUGCGAUGAUUAAAGCUUUGCUUGAGGGCUUGUUGGGUCAUUCUCGCAAUGAGAGGACCGGCAGGAGGGGAAGACCUAUUGAUAACACUGUCUGGCCACGCGUGCGAAGAAGCGUGCAAGCUGUCUCCCAGGAUAUCCUCGUUUUGUGUUUCGAUUGCCGACGGAAAGCUGAUCAAUGCCGGAAAAGAUGGGACAUAUGGCAGAAGAUGAUGGCCCAGCCAGGCUUCGGUGUGAAUCAAGACGGGCGCAUUACGGCUCCGAGCGACAUUCUCGAGGCAUAUCUUAGGUUGAACUUUGAAGCCCGGGCUCUUGUAUCUCGUCCUCUCCAGCACGUCGGGCUUCACCGUCAAUUGUUUGGCCUCUCGCGGGAAAUGGGCAGCCAGACUCAGCCCAUCCCACUGGACUACUUGCCCACGUUGCCGCAGGGUUCCAGGGAUGUUGCCGGUGUGUGGGCGGGCACUGCCGGCCCUGCGUCUUCGUUCCUUGACGCCCAUCUAGGGACCAGGGGUGAACUUGCGCUUGAGAAACUCGUUAACAGUGUGGAAUCCAUGGCUGAAGCCAUGGAUCGCCUGUGUUCUCACCAGAUCGAUAGCCAAGAGCUAGCGAUUUCAACGUUCCUGGAUGAGUACGGGGAGUUGACGCACAACGUGAAAGAGUAUGUUUGUCACGUUUUCCAGAAUCAGUUCGAGUCCAAACGCUUCGUGACAUACAACGUUGCGGAUCGUGGGGCUUUCUUGACAAGGUUUAUAUUGUUAGGGGUACAGACUGGGAAAAUUACGCGGGUAGAGGCAGACAUGUCUUUAGAUGUCAUUAACCUUCAUUAAUAGAACUACUAUUUGACGGCCGUGAGCGCUGCAGCUCUAUCAUUGUCCUUACUUACGUGCUACUCAGCGUAUAUCCUCCACUUGUACUAGUUCACAACGAUUCCUGACCUUACCCAUUCCAAUGCCGUUGUACUGUUCUCGCCAAUACACUGUAAAGCGCUGUGACUCAGGGUGUUUAAGAUAUUCUAAGGCUACUAGUAUCCUAGAUUGAGUCUUACUUAAAAUAAAAUCCUAGAUUGAGAUCGUGCUUGUGGCUGCUGGAGAUGUCGCGCAUAGACUCGUGUUCCUGUUAGAGGCUUUCGAACUCAAGCUGGAGAGCCUUGAAUUCCGUCUGCGCGCUCAGCUCUUGGUUUUGGGCGUCGACAGCAUUGUAUUCGUCCUGGAGGGUUGCAAGCCUGAGCUCGGCUUCUUUGUGCUGCGCUUCGAAGUUGUCGCGAGCUUUGGCGGCACGCUUGCGCGCCUUCUCUUUCUCCUCGAGGUUGAGGUAAGCCUGAUCGAGGAGCUUAUCAACGGCCGCUGUCGCCUCCUUCGAAUCGUCGUAGGCGGUGCGCCACUGGUCAACCGCUGCCUCGAGGUCGUGGUUCUCCUUCUCGAGCUUUUUGGUGUGCUCGCUCGCGCGAGCAGCCUCCCUCUUGCUCUCCUCCUGCGCCUUAUUGAGCUGUUUGUUGGUCUCUUGGGCUGUCUUGACGUCCUUCUCAAGCUUUUCGCAGCGAGCGUGGAGGUCCUCGAUGAUCUUGUCGGACUUCCGCACCAUCUCCCUCAGCCUAUCGCCGAAGUGCCUGUCGAAAAGUCUUUUGUUGCUAUGUAUGGAGAGUGGCAGCUGCGUUACCUC